AUGUUGCACAAUGUUUUAUAUGCAUUAGAUUUAAAAAAUAGAAUAAUGACAUGCAAAAAUCCAUCCAUGAUUGUCAUUAGUGAUGAUUCGGAAGAAGAUAUUGAAAAACCAAUUGUGAAAUCUCACAUUGAAAAUAUGCGCACGUUGACAACGCAAUUAAAAAACAAUUCUUUCUUCAGUCCAGAAAAAACUCGAGAUACGGAACUGAUGAAGUGGCGGAUGAUGAUGAACCCUUUUCGGUCAUUUGGUUACAGCAGUGGACGUGAAAAGAAUGUACCUAAAUUUAAUUGUUGUACGAGCAGCGAUGUAGCAGAAAGGGAAUCAAGUGAAGUAGGGGAGGAUUCCCUUUACUAUCACAGAAGUUUCUUACGUAUAAUUGAUACAGUAGCUGAUAAUAAUAUUAAUUUGUUUGAUGAUAGAGAUAUGCGUAUAUUGCAACAGUUUCGAGCGCUAUCUUCCGCGGCUCAGAAGCUCUAUAUACGUUUGUACCAACGCAAAAAGCAAUGGUUUCGUUGCGACAAAAUCUCUUAUCCUAAUAUAUCAGAAGACCUGAAAUCUGUCCUUCAUGAGCUUGUAACGUCAGGCCACUUAGAAAACAGUAACCGGCUCACCAACUUUAAAGAUGUCAUUACUUUGCUCACUCUGAAUGAGAUACGUUUACUUGGAAAUCAUUUUCGUGUAACAAAAGGCAAAUCUGCACAAAGCAAAGAAGUUAUCAUUCAGUUGUUGAAGAAACAUUGCCAGAAACAACCAACCUUGUUGUCUUUGAUGCAAAAAAAACCGAACUCGAUGCCGAAUGAAGUUGUUAGCAAAGCAAAGAGAUACAUUGGCGACUGUGUGAUGCUGAAUGAAGACGCUACAUUUUUCUACUCGCGUAUUUGCACUUUCUUCUCACUGACAACGCUUCAUUACGAAGAUAUUAUGCACAACAGUGGACACAAUUUACUUUACCAUUUACUGCAGAAGCACAAUGGUUCUGUAAAAUAUGCAACGUAUAAGAUGACGAAACACGUUCAAAUUUUUGCGGGGAGACAAGAAUUAGUUGAUUAUACGAAAGCUAAAGAGCUGGAAAUUGAAUUUGACAUGGCGAUGGAAAAGAAAGAUUGUGUCAAAGCGGAAAAUAUUUAUAACAUUGCCAGGAAUAAACUCUUACAGAUAAUAGACACGUAUGAUAAUACGAAGCCAUAUUGGAUAUGUUGUUUCACAGAGUUAUGGAUUAUUACACGUAUAUGUACGAAUUGCGUUGAUUUGUUAGAAAAACAGAGAAAAUAUGAUGAAGCCGUUGUCUUAAUUAAAUUGCUGCUUGCCCAAAAAAACGUUUGUCUUGCUAGUCGCGGUGGACUUUGGGAACGGUUAGCUAUCGACAUAGAACGCCAUCAGAAAAAGCCGCUGGAGGCACUGACGUGGAUACGAGAAGCUUUUAAUGAUCCAUUUGUAAGGACUGGACAUCGAUACGGUUUAUUACAAAGGCGUACACGGUUGAAAAAACAGCUACGUUGCAAUCUACAAGAAAAUGAGGAAGUGAUCACCGACUCAGAACCCGAGACACUAAGCGCGGAAAUCUUUCUCGACUCGUCAUCCGCCCACAGGGCUGUGUUUCGCUCAACUUCUACCAACAGUAGCGACUACUCGCUGUCUCAUGUGGAACAACAUGUUAUUCUGCAUUAUCAGCAGAACGGCUUUCCUCAUGGUAUUCACGGAGAGAGUGCCACUGUGCUUACUUUGUUUUGUUUGUUAUUUUGGGACAUCAUCUUUAUGGACGUUGCAGAUGUUUUUCACAGCGAUAUGCAGAGUUCUCCACUUGAUAUAUACCGUGAUGAAUUCUACACAAAUCGCAAGAAGGAAGUGGACGACCGACUAUCUUUCGUAUAUAGUGCUACAGAGAAAGAAUUGCAGAAUGCAGUGACAUCAUCUUGGCAAGAGCAUUAUGGGAUUAGUUGCACAGGUGCUAAUUGGGAGUUAUUUUCUUCGUCAACAGAAGCUGCGGGUUUAGCAGUGUGUUUAGGCGCUACUGUUCUUGGUGGAAUAUGUGAGUUAUUUUGCAAGGAUUUGCGAAGAAGAAGAGGCGGCUUUCCUGACCUGAUUGUGUGGAAUGUUGAGACAAAGCAAUGCAGGAUUAUAGAGGUAAAAGGACCUGGUGACAAAUUAUCUACAAAGCAAAUUGUAUGGCUGGACGUGUUGAGGUUUUUUGGUGCUGACGCUGUCGUUUGCAACGUUAGAGCUGGAGCCAAUCGAAAACAAUUUUUGAUGGGAACGAGAAAACAAAAAAGGGUCGAAACCAAACUGAUGUGGCAAGAAAUGAAAAAAAGGAAAGAACUGGUGGAAAGCGGAAACAUUUGUCAGAUUAAAUAAUUCCGACGAUAAUUUCGGAGAUUCACAUAAAUCGAACUGACUUAUAAGAAAAAUAGAACUCAGAGGUGAACGCCUAUUUGAACGUAAGUUCUGUUCGACAUUAAACGAAAAUUAACGAUGACGCAAACACGAUUCCAGAAUAACCGAAAAUGCAACUAAGUGAUGCUGAUGCAAGUCGAUGAUCAUAAAAGUCUCGUUAUAAAGGGAAUAAAACUCGGCCUAGAGGUUAAAGAGUAUGCAACUGGACUCUGUACUAAAAAUUAACGAAAAUACCACGAAGUAAAGUUUGAUAAUGGACGACUAUACCCAACCUAUACCGUAUAUAUUUAAAUAGUGUUUUCUUACCGAAGAUGAGUUUUUUUACUGCA